AUGCGACUACAGUCAUACAGUAGGAAUCACUGCUUCUUGCCGCCCUAUGAUGCAAGGCGGUCAGCGCUGGCGCUGCUAUCAGUGGUGCCUGAGGCUACUCUACUGCUAUGUAUGUACAGCAUCAACAGGGUAAGAUACUGGAGAUAUUACUCGGUCGAGGUCACGGAAUACUUUUCCAAGCUACUCCGAACUGUCUCUGACGACACGAGUCAGGUCCAGGCGGAUUGGACUUGCUCGGGAUGA